AUGGACACAGCGGCUUAUGAUGGUAAAAUACGACACUUGCUGGAUGACGAUCUUGUGUACAAACCUGUUUCGUACAACCCUACUGCUAGGGUUACUCGUCGCAUUAGGGCUGUCAUCAGAGACUGCAGAGAGAUUUUCGAGGAAGACGUUUUCAAUCGUUUGUACAAACCGAAGAUUGUGCUACCGCCUAAGUUGUAUGGUUUGCCAAAAGUACAUAAGACAAACGUGCCGUUGCGGCCUAUCGUGAGUCAGAUUUCUUCUCCCACUUACGAUCUUGCAAAGCAUGUUGGAUCGGUGUUGCAGCCGCUUGUGGGUGGUACGUCGUCUUUCGUGAAGGACUCUCGUCACUUUAUAGACAUCCUCAAAGAAGUAACGCUGGAACCAGAUGAGAUAAUGGUGAGUUUUGAUGUGGAGUCACUUUUCACCAAUGUUCCCGUUAAAGAAUGUCUAGAAGUUGUCAGAAGGAAACUGAGCGAUAGUGGCAUGUCGGAGACAAUAAUGGUGCUGCUGAGGAACUGCUUGGAAGGGAGCUACUUUUUGAGAAACGUGAGUACGGGGAAUAUUCGCGAUGACAAAACUACCACCACAGUUGUUAAUUUAUCGAGUGCUACUUUGGAUGAUGCAACUGUCAGUGUACUGGGGAAGGGGUUGAAUUUUGCUAUAACCCCUAAACGUAUUCCUUAUGAGACCGUGAUCUGCGGUGUUGAGGAGGCCAUAACGCGCAAUAAGGUACCGUCGUGUGACGCGGAAGCGUUAAGACAGGAUGUUGCCGUUAUCCUGAGGAGAGCCAAACUGCCAAAGAGUAACACCACUACAGAGGAGAGGAUAGCCCUUAGAAAUCUGAAGAAUAAUGAAGAUAUCUUAGUACUAAAGGCUGACAAGGGGAAUGCCACAGUAGUGAUGGACACAGCGGCUUAUGAUGGUAAAAUACGACACUUGCUGGAUGACGAUCUUGUGUACAAACCUGUUUCGUACAACCCUACUGCUAGGGUUACUCGUCGCAUUAGGGCUGUCAUCAGAGACUGCAGAGAGAUUUUCGAGGAAGACGUUUUCAAUCGUUUGUACAAACCGAAGAUUGUGCUACCGCCUAAGUUGUAUGGUUUGCCAAAAGUACAUAAGACAAACGUGCCGUUGCGGCCUAUCGUGAGUCAGAUUUCUUCUCCCACUUACGAUCUUGCAAAGCAUGUUGGAUCGGUGUUGCAGCCGCUUGUGGGUGGUACGUCGUCUUUCGUGAAGGACUCUCGUCACUUUAUAGACAUCCUCAAAGAAGUAACGCUGGAACCAGAUGAGAUAAUGGUGAGUUUUGAUGUGGAGUCACUUUUCACCAAUGUUCCCGUUAAAGAAUGUCUAGAAGUUGUCAGAAGGAAACUGAGCGAUAGUGGCAUGUCGGAGACAAUAAUGGUGCUGCUGAGGAACUGCUUGGAAGGGAGCUACUUUUUGUAUCGCGGAAAACAUUACCUCCAGAUUGAUGGGGUUGCCAUGGGUAGUCCUGUGGCACCGGUUCUGGCAAACAUCUGGAUGGAGCAUAUCGAGGCCAGUGUAGAUCUGCAGCCUUGGGCAGUGAAGUUGUGGAAGCGAUAUGUGGAUGAUGUUUUCUGUAUUAUGAAGGGUGGUAAGCAGGAGGUGGAGCAACUUCUCCAAUAUCUUAAUUCUAUUCAUCCAAGGACUAAGUUUACGUACGAAUUAGAAUCACAGCGCAGUUUGCCAUUCUUAGACGUGAAAGUGAUUGGUCGAAUGGACGGAACCCUAACUCACACUGUUUACAGAAAGCCUACGCACACUGACAGGUAUUUGAAUGCCCUUUCUCACCACCACCCGCGCCACCUGCAGUCAGUUGUCUCAUCGCUGGUGAAUAGAGCGUAUGAUCUGUGUGACCCUGAAUAUUUGAAGGAUGAGUUGUCACAUAUUCAGGAGGUGCUUAGAAGGAACGGAUGA